ACAGUCCCAAGAUGGCGGCGGCUGCGAACAGUCGGUGGCUGCGGAGCUGCUGCGCCCUGUUCAGGCGGAGUUUUCCAGUCCUGGCAAGCGUGAGGACUCGCUGUAUGUCAGGAUUUAAGGGACCAUGGAACAAAGUGGCAGCACUGGGGUUUGGAAUAACCUUGUCUGCAAUUCCUAUUGCACAGAAACACGAUCCGAGUUCUCUUAGCAAUGAAGCCUUGAUCCGGAGAGCGGUCUCUUUGGUAACCGAUAGCACGGGGACUCUUCUCUCCCAAACGACGUAUGCAUUAAUUGAUGCUUUAACAGAGUACACUACGGCAGUUUACACAUUGCUGUCACUGUACCAGAAAUAUACACACCUCCUUGGGAAAAUGAAUUCCAAAGAGGAAGAUGCAGUUUGGCAGGUGAUCAUUGGCGCUCGAGUAGAGAUGACUGCAAAGCACCAGGAGUACCUGAAGCUGGAAUCCAGGUGGAUGACUGCCUUGCGCCUUUCAGAGAUGGCAGCAGAAGCAGCUUAUCAGUCAGGGGCUGAUCAGGCCUCCGUGUCAACCCACAACCACAUCCAGCUGGUGAAAACCCAAGUGCAAGAAGCACGGCAGAUGUCGCAGAAGGCUGAGACUAAGCUAGCGGAAGCUAAAACCGAAGAGCUUCUGAAACUGAAGGAAGAGGAGCCCGUGCCGCCAACGAGUCAAGAGAGCAACAUGGAGGAAGCGGAGGAAGCCUACCUUCGCGAAGACUGAAGGGGUCCCUGCCCUCACGGAGGCCACCUCUGCUCUGUUGCUCGCUGGGGGGGACAGCAUGACAUUAGAGGUUCUAGGCCCAGGCGGGCAGCUGCAGCUUCUGUUGCUUUACCCGUCUUUGGCUGCGGGACCUGAACUGUGGGACUUUUCUAACCUGCUGGCAACCUUUUUUUCUCUUUAAAUACACAACUAUGCAAAUGUGAAAAUCGCCAGCAGAGAGACUACAGAUAAAUAAUAGGUUCCAAUCCACAGGGGCUGUGUAAGAAAAAUGCGUUGUGACGGCAAUGAAGUUAUGCCAUCAAUUGUACCUGAAAUUUCAAGAAUUGAGUUGCAUUUUAUUCCUAGAAAUUCCUAGUUUAUGUUUGUUUGUUUUCUAAUUAUGUGAACCAACACUGAAGCUAAUUUUUAAAAUAAAAAGUCAGAAGGCUGAAA